AAGUGUGAUCCACAUGUUCGUUUAGCGAUUGAACAAACGAUAGAUCUAAUAAAGACAGUCAAGAUGAAACGGCGCACACUGAUGCGGCCACCUCAGACAUCAGUCGAUGAAGCUAACACCGAUGAUAGCAAAACACCAAAAAAGACUGCAGCUGGUGUCCAUGCUAAGAAGGGAAAGCCAGUUGAGGAGAAAACACGAAGAUGUCGAAUUUUGAUCAAAGUCCUCCAAGUUGUGUUCCUCAUCAUCAUCGUCCCCCCUUUGUUGAACUAUGCAUCUUUACAGAAAGAAGGGACUGAACUAAAGCCUGUACCAGGAGAGCUUUAUGAUGUUGGCUGGGGACAGAAGAUAUUUAAAAUGUGCCAAGGGAAGGGUCCUCCAACAGUGAUAUUUGAUGCACCCGGAGGACAGACCUCAGACGUGUGGACAUUAAUUUGGCCUCAUGUGGCGAAGAAUGCCAGGAUUUGUAUUUACGAUCGAGCAGGCUUGGGCUUCAGUGAGAGACCCUUGAUGAACCUGACUGAACAAGAUGGUGAGGACUCCAAGAGCAAUUACAGGAACAGAUGGCAGCCAUUUACUGUAGAAAGGAUGGCUGAUGACUUGAACCAUCUGUUGACUGUGAGCAGUCAGGAGCCCCAGCCUUUCAUCUAUGUGGGGGCCGAAUUAGGGGCAUUGGUAGCUCAGUUCUACUCACAGAUGUUUGACAGUCAGAUGCUGGGCAUGGUUCUCAUCAAUCCUCUCUCUGACAACCUGUUUGAACAAGAUGGUGGAGCCUGGCAUCAGUACUGGUACGGUCAGCUGGUACCAACUUUCCAAAGCCUACAACUCGGGGCGGCGCUUGGACUCACCCGGCUAGCACUCCUCCUAGGUUUUCUACAUCAGCCUCUCUUUGAUUCAGAGUUACCGGAAAAUGUUAAAUAUCGACAAAAACAUCUGCUUUGUCACCCAAAACACCUGAGCUCUGUGGUUGACGAACAUCACUUCAUCAACGAGUCAUUUUCACAGUUAAGAACGAUGCGGAUGAUAAAAUCACUACCGAGUAACAUAUCUGUCACAAUUAUAAGUGGCAAUUACUACGACGAACAGAUGCCAAGUUAUCUAAAUAAGGCUUGGGCGAAAUCGGAGCAGAUUUUACUGACCAAACAUUACCCCAACUCCAAGCACAUUGUCAUAAAUAGUGCCGAUCGUCACAUGUUGUAUAAUAGUCCCUCCAGCGUUACAGAACCCAUCAACAGAAUCGUCCGACAGUGGAAGAGCAAAAUAAAAGUUGACAAGAAAAUUUAAACAAACUAAAAACACUGCCUUUUUGAA